AUGUCUGGAACCAAGGAGCCAACAAAAAGUCAAGACCUGCGCCGAAAACGGAUUCUUAAUGCAAGGGCAAUAAAGACUGAGGCCGCUAACGCGUCCCCAGGUGAAUUUGUUGAAGGUGGGUCUCUAUUGAAGGUACCGGAGUUUAUAUCAUCCCGUCAGUUCGAGAUAAAGCAAUUGCAAGAUUCAAUUCAUCAUUCAAGGAAGUCAUCAUCUAUACGGUCUUUCCAGUCCCUACCAAGAAAGCUUCGUAGAAGAAAGGCAUCUCAUAAUGUUAAAAGGAUACCUAAGAGAUUGAGAAACCGCGCGUUGCGCGAGAUGAAGGCUAGUAAUCAAACGACUACUAUGGGAACUAGGGAUGUGUUUCGAAAGCGGAAGCAUGGGCUGAAUGCUAGGAAGCUCUAUAGAUUGAAGAUGGCGGUUAACCUGCUGCGUCUGGCUAGUAGAAACACUUCUAUGCAAUUGAUGCUUCCUGAGGAACUAAAACCGGAAAAAUGCAAACUUAGGACCUCGAUCAAGUCCUUACGCAGACAGAUUAAGGAUGCUCAGAAGGGGAAAGCUGUUCGCAAGUUGAACAAUAGGCUAGGAAGCUAUGAUAACACUGGGAUUAAUAAACUGGCUCCUAAACCGAUCGGACGCAUUAAAUACAUGAAGCGCCAGCGGUUUUUUACCUGGCUGCCGACGCAUGUGUGGAGUGCCAAACGGUGUCAUAUGAUAAAGAGGUGGGGCUACCAGAUCCCAUGGUCGCCAACACAAAAGUGUUUCCGUUUGACACACCGACUUACUGGUCAAGCUGCAACCUCCAAUGGGGCUAUGUGUGCUGACACAAGUUACUUUGGCACACUCGUGGCCUCUAGUGAAAGCAAGCCAAGGUUGGAUUCUUUUGUUAAGCAAUUGACGGGGGGUCGCGCUGUAAGGGACAAAUAUAGCAAAUCACAGCACCUCUUUGAGGGUCUAUUUUACUUGGCAGCUGAUACGGUUCCCAUAGGUCCUGGUACAUUACUGUGGGUUGGUGAUAACAAGAUAAUGAUUAGACUGCAUCCAUCUAUCUAUAAAUCCGUUUUUGAUUUUGCUAUUCAAGAAGAAUUAGACGUCCAGGAUUGUCGCUUCUCAUUAGCAAGUAUAACCAUAACAGGAGCAAAAUCGCUGCAGGCUUUAUCCCAGAUCAUUAGAACACCGUCUGAGACGCAGUCUUACAAGCAGUUCAAAAGUGUCUACAGGGUUACAGAUUCAUCAGUGUUCCCAGAUAGGACUGUUUUCGCUUUUAGAACAAUGGAUCCACGACACCUUUCUUCUCCAAAGAACUUGAGUACAUCUUCUAGUGUGGAUUAUUCUACAAUCAUAGAUCUUCAGCAAAAAUACCCUAGGGAAGAGAUCGCCUCCGUUCUUAGCGAAUUGUGCGAUCCGUCAUCUAGAGAGAACAGUUACAAUAACCAACAGCCCCUCAAGGAUUUAGCUCGCAGAAGAAGAAAGUUGUUAGUCAAUCCUAAGCGCACUAAUCUCAUACCAUUUGAUCCAAAGAUAGACCCUCAAAUCCCAAUUUUCAUCGUUAGACAGCCGAAAAGUAUGAACUGGGUUAUUCUGCUUCCGUGGUAUUGGAUGCUCCCUUUCUGGUACCAACUAAACCGGGUAACUUUUGUCUAUCCUAUGGGCAUUAAACAGCUUCAUCAGCAGUGCUACGAACGCGGUCUUCCUCAUUUCCCGGAUGACUAUCCCUUCACUGCUACCGGUUACCAGGAAAACUCAGUUUACAAGAGCAUAUCUUUAAAAGCCGCGUGGGAGCGUAAACCAGCUGGAAAAAGGGUCAAUUACGAAAAGAUUACUCAUUUGCAUGCUGCUCAAUGUCCAGGCUAUUCCGGCGAACUUGGGGAUUGGUUUAGCAGUGACUGGCGCCUACUUCAGGUCCUUCAAAACGGUAUAUCUUACAUCGGCAAGGAUAACCUUCAGAUGUACAAUCCGAACCGCACAACACAAUUUGACCCAGCAACAGGUCUAUCUGAUAUCAAUCAUAUUAGGGACCUACUGGAGUUGCACUCUAACGCCAAAAAUGAUAGUAUCGAUGGAAACCUCCCCAUCGUUCUGUACAAUAAGGCUAUUUCAAAUUACGACGCAUCAUCUGCACCGGAGAUUACAUCGCCUCCUCAAUUGUCUAUCUUACGCAACCCGCUAUCAGUCAUAGCUAUUGUAUGCACUGCUGUAGAGAGAGGUCAUUUCCGAGACAACGCGAGACUUUACAACAUCCCGCAGCAAGACCUGGAUCAUUGGCUAGAGGUUGCCAAGGGUUUGUACAAAUCUAACGGCAAGAGAAAUCACGACCUCAGCCACCCAUUGCCAGGCAUUCAGCAUCUAGUCGGUUUUAUUACCAGCGGCACUUACCAUCUCGGUAAGGGCGCAAGCGUUGGUAGCGGAUUCAUAGCAUCAGAUUCCGCUUCCGAAAACAAUCAUAAUUACAUACUGGUUAGGAAUGUUGGUACCAACACCUAUAGACUAGCUCAAUGGCGACAAGUGUUUGUAUAG